AACAACCUUAGCCUCUCCCCACAAUGCCAGCCUCACUGGCCACACCGUCGCCGGCGACUACUGCCAGCGUCGUACCACAUCGUCGCUCGAGAUCGCUGCUCGCGCCGCGCCGUUCUUCCAUCGCUGUUUGGUUGGAUCACCACCGCGUCGCUUCACUUCCUUCACGGCCACCGUCAUCCGUUCUGUUCAGGUCGAGCACCACCGCACCGCUUCACUCAACCACCACACUUGUUCUGUUCGGUUCAAGGUCACCGUGCUGUGUUUGUCUUCGUUCGCGACCACCGUGCCCUAUUCUCUCUGGCGCAACGCCUCUGGCACGAUCCCCUAUAUCUGGCGCGAUUCAAGUGUCCCUCUAUUCGCUACUUUACCAAGGACAGGCGCCGACGCUCCGAACCAGGGAUCAGUUGCUUUGGCAGAAGCCAAAGCUACCAGCAAUGGGAUUCGCUCACAUCGAAAUUCUCGGCCGCCGCCAAUAUUCCGUUUCUGUUACUGCAAAUGCCGCAAAUCAUACUCAAUGCUCGAAACCUUUUAUCCGGAAACAAAACCGCUCUCUCUGCUAUCCCCUGGCUGGGAAUGUUAACUAGUCUGCUUGGGAAUCUGUCUCUACUUUCAUACUUUGCCAAGAAAAGAGAAAAGGAGGCGGUUGUAGUUCAGACAUUGGGUGUGGUUUCAACAUAUGUUGUCCUUGUUCAGCUGGCACUGGCUGAAGCCAUGCCUUUGCCUUACUUUUUGGCUACUUCAGUUGUUGUGAUGUCUGGUCUUGUUCUGAAUUUCUUGAAUUACUUUGGUUUACUAAAUGAUGGACUCUGGCGCUUUUGGGAAGAUUUCAUUACAAUUGGGGGUCUUUCAGUGCUUCCACAAAUAAUGUGGUCUACAUUUGUUCCCUAUUUACCUAACAGCAUCUUACCUGGGGCAACUGCCUUUGUGAUUGCUAUCUUGGCUGUUACAUUGGCCAGAACUGGAAAACUUUCUGAGAAAGGUGUUAAAUUCGUUGGAGGAAUAUCUGGAUGGACAGCUACACUACUCUUCAUGUGGAUGCCAGUUUCUCAAUUGUGGACAAAUUAUCUCAAUCCCGAGAACAUGAAAGGCUUGUCAGCUUUUUCGAUGUUGCUUGCCAUGCUUGGAAAUGGGCUUAUGCUUCCACGUGCUCUCUUGAUUCGUGAUUUCAUGUGGUUCACUGGUUCAGCGUGGGGCUACCCUUUUUUUGGAUACGGGAAUAUUGCUUGCCUAUAUUUGUAAGUUUUAUGCCUAGUAUGCUUGUGCACUUUUCUUUCUCUUUUCUUUCUUGUGUUCUUUCAAGGAAAACAUAGAAUCAACUGUAACUAAUAUUGCGCCUUUUCCAGUUUAAAAAUUAUUAGCAAGGAAUUCUUCCUAGCAGCAAACGGCGGUUGCGUUUCGCUGGAUAGGUUCCUCUCUUAACCUUAAGCACUCAUAAACAGUGUCAUAUAUAUAUAUUAUAUAUAAUAUAUCUGUUAAGUCAUAUUUUAGUCAUGACCACUGUACAAUAUUCUAUUCCUCCAAUUUAUAUAAUGAUGAUUUACCAUUACUGCCUGUUAUGAAUUAGUCAUCGAGGUCAUGUCUAGAGCAUUAUUGCUAAUUUUAUUGGUUUAUAAACUGUUAUUCUUUAGGCAUGUUAAGUACUUUUAUUUUAAAAAAUAAUUAUGGAUGCUGUGUGA